CUGCGCAGAAGAGGACCGAGGCGCGUGAGAGAAACAGAGAGAGAGAGACGGAGAGGGAGAGGGAGAGCGCGAGCUGAGGAUUUGUCCGCGAGACAGAGAGAAAAGUGAGGAAGAGGAAGAGGAGGACUGCGGCUCUGGAAUGCGUUCGCCGCGCGCGUGGAGUGUUAUGAGGAGUAUAUGAGGAGUUACCGCUCGUGCUCUGCGACGGAGAUGAUGCGCGUUUGACACAGAAGAGGAUUUUUUUUGUCGCUGUUGUUGUUUUUUUUUUCAUUCAUUUCUUUCUUUGUUUCUCUUUUUCUGGCCAUGUUUACUCCCGGCUGCCCUUACCGGACUCUAUACGGGAGCUUCCGGUGCUGACGCAGUGGAAGCGCGCGCACACGGGAGCCCCAAAUAAGCACGGAGAAAUGGGUUUGGAGCAACGGAGGAGCUUUGGCACGUAACGCGCGCUGAGAGAGCGAGAGAGAGGGAAAGAGAGCGAGAGAGAGAGAGAGCGAGAGAGAGUGAGGGCACGCGCCUGUUUUGGAAAUGUUUGUGCUAGUGCUCGUGCUCUCGCUCGCGCAUGGAGGGCUCGCGCAGCUUCGUUACUCGGUUCCGGAGGAGAAGGAGCGCGGCACUUUGGUGGCCAACAUCGCCGAGGACCUAGGGCUGGACGUGACGAAGCUGCACGCGCGCCGCUUCCAGACGGUGCCCAGCUCGCGCACGCCCUACCUGGAGGUGAACGUGGAGAACGGCGCGCUGGCGGUGGGCGCGCGGACGGACCGCGAGGAGAUCUGCCGCCAGAGCGCGCAGCAGCAGCAGCCGUGCCUGCUGCACCUGGAGGUGUUCCUGGAGAACCCGCUGGAGCUGUUCCGCGUGGAGGUGGAGGUGCUGGACGUAAACGACAACGCUCCCGUCUUCCCCUCUUCCGACAUCGUGGUGGAGAUCACGGAAAGCGCCACGCCUGGCACCCGCUUCCCCCUGGAGAGCGCCGCCGACCCGGACGUGGGCACCAACGCCCUGAGCGGCUACGCCAUCACCGGCAACGAGUACUUUUCCCUGGAUGUCCAGACGCAGGGUGACGGCAACCGCUUUGCCGAGCUCGUUCUGGAAAAGCCGCUGGACCGCGAGCGCCAAGCUGUCCACCGUUACGUUCUGACUGCGGUGGAUGGUGGCCAGCCACAGCGCACCGGCACUGCCCUGCUGGUGGUGCGGGUGCUGGACUCCAAUGACAACGCGCCUGUGUUUGACCAGCCCGUGUACACCGUCAACCUGCGUGAGGACGCAGCACCUGGAACGCUGGUCAUCCAGCUGAACGCUACGGACGUGGAUGAGGGCACCAACGGAGAGGUUGUUUAUUCCCUCAGCAGCCACAACCUGCCCAGCGUGCGCCAGCUGUUCGCUGUGGACGCCCGGAGUGGCCGCGUGGAGGUGGCCGGUGCGGUGGAUUAUGAGGAGAGCAACACGCACCAGAUUUACGUACAAGCGCGAGACAUGGGACCCAACGCUGUUCCGGCGCACUGCAAAGUGCUUGUAAAAGUGGUGGAUGUGAACGACAACGCGCCUGAGGUCAGCUUCAGCACGGUGAGUGAAACGGUCAGCGAAAGCUCCGCGCCGGGCACCGUGGUGGCCAUGCUGAGUGUUUCCGACAAGGACUCUGGAGAAAACGGGCAGGUGAGCUGUGAGCUGCUGGGUGACGAUGCUGCACCAUUCAAGCUGAAACCGUCCUUUCGGAACUACUACACUGUGGUGACUGACGGCCAGCUGGACCGCGAAACGGCCGACAGCUACACGCUAACAGUCGUAGCGCGAGAUGGUGGGACUCCGCCCCUUUCCACUAGCAAGUCUGUAAGGGUGCGAGUGUCUGAUGAGAACGACAACGCGCCUCGCUUCACGCAGCCUGCGUAUGACGUCCAUGUUAGCGAGAAUAACGUGCCCGGCGCGUACAUUUACGCUGUUAGUGCGCUGGACCCAGAUUUGGGUGCUAACGCUCGUGUUAGCUAUGCUAUCGAGGAACGCGAAAUCCAAGGAAUGUCUGUGCUCACGUACGUGUCUGUGAACUCGGAUAACGGCUACCUGUACGCGCUUCGCUCCUUCGACUACGAACAAAUACGGGAGUUCAGUUUCACCGUCAGCGCCCGGGACUCCGGCGACGAGCGGCAGCUAGCGGACAACGCCACCGUACGAGUUGUGGUAGUUGACCAGAAUGACAACGCGCCUAGCAUCAUCGCACCCAUGGCGCAAAACGGCACAGCUCUGGAGCGCCUCCCACGGACGGCCGAGCCGGGUUACCUGGUGACCCGAGUGAUCGCCACGGACGCAGACGAUGGAGAAAACGCCCGGCUGUCGUACAGCGUCAUCAGCGGGAAUGAGCUGGGCAUGUUCAGGAUGGACUGGCGCACUGGAGAGCUCCGUACGGCACGGCGCGUCGGAUCCAAAAAGCGUGACCCGACGCAGCGGCCUUACGAACUUCUAGUGGAAGUACGUGACCACGGGCAGCCACCGCUGUCCGCCUCAGCCACCAUUAGCAUCGUGCUAGUGGACGCUGUGGCCGGAGGCGCGUCCGGCCGGUCAGAGAAAGGCGGGCACGCGCUCGGCGGUCACAGCGAGGGCACGCUGGACCUCACCCUCAUCCUCAUAGUUGCCCUCGGCUCCGUUUCCUUCAUCUUCCUCUUGGCCAUGAUAGUGCUUGCCGUGCGCUGCCGCAAGGACAAGAAGCUCGGCGCGCGCUCCUGCCUCACGAGGGGCGGGGACGACUGGUGCGCGUGUUGCGCGUGCACGUGCUGUGGAAUGAGCGGCGGCGGCGGGGUCGGCGCGGGCGCGCGCCGGGCGCGCAAAAAGAAGAAGCUGAGCAAGUCGGACAUCAUGCUGGUCCAGAGCGCGGCGGGCCAGAGCGCGCACGCGCAGGUGCCCGUGGAGGAGUCGGGCAGCUUCGGCGCGCGCCACCUCCACCGCAGCGCGCAGAACUACUGCUACCAGGUGUGCCUGACGCCCGAGUCCGCGAGCACCGAGCUGAUGUUCCUCAAGCCCGGCGGGAGCUCAGACGGCGCGGUGGGCGCGAGCUUCGCGGAGCAGCAGCAGCAGCAGCCGGACAUCAUCUCCAACGGCAGCAUUCUGUCCAGCGAGACUAAACACCAGAGAACAGAACUCAGUUACCUGGAUAGACCACGGCGUGUUAACAGCUCAGCGUUCCAGGAGGCGGAUAUAGUGAGCUCUAAAGACAGCGGGCAUGGAGACAGCGAGCAGGGGGACAGUGACCACGACGCCACCAACAGGGGGCACUCCACGGGGGCGGACCUGUUCUCGAACUGUACAGAUGAGUGUAAGGCGCUGGGUCACUCUGACCGCUGCUGGAUGCCUUCCUUCGUGCCCGGCGACGGUCGCCAGGGCGGCGAUUACCGUAGCAACCUACACGUGCCAGGAAUGGACGCAGUGCCGGACAGUGAGGUACAGGCGGGCGUAGCGCCGGGCAUGCUGGGAGAUGACCGCUCAUUCUCCACGUUCGGCAAAGACAAGUCACACCACGGCACGCUCACACCACAUGAUCUGCUCUUACCCAGCGCCAGAGCGCCUUACAAACCCUCCUACCUGUCACGCAAAAGGAUUUCCUAGCACGUUCCGCGUGGACAUGUCCGAAACGGCAUGAGCUUCUUCUUCUUCUUCUUCUCCUUCUUCUUCUUCUUUUUUGCACAGUAAAGCGAGCGGCCAAAAGCAACGUUUUUUGUUUUUGUUCUGUUUUCCGUUUCCUUGUUUUUCCUGAUCAAGCUGGCUCGCUGGUGCUGGGCCUGGACGUUGAGACGCACCAGCAGCCUCCAGGACCUUCUCAGCAGGACUGAGGAAAAGAAACAGAAAAAAACGGACAGAGCGGAAGAAAGACGGAAAGACGAAAACUUCUGAAAACGUUCCACCGACCUGAGCCCUUUAUCUGUCUCAUAAACACACAGACGUGAGAACACUGUACAAUCUGACUGUACAAAGCGCAGCCCGAACUCUCGGUUCUAGACUGUUUUUCUAUCGUUUAUUUUGUUUUUUUUUCUUUUUUCGUGGGGUCAAGUGUUUUUUCCUGGAGCUAUUAUUAUUAUUAUUAUUAUUAUUAUUAUUAUUAUUACUCUAUUUGUAAACAACAACACACGGAUGGAGGAUGGAGAAAAAGAAAGAUGGAUGAACGAAUGAACGAUGGCGUGAAACGUUUUCGAACCCGAAAGGAAAAAAGAGAAAACUCCGUCCGGUUCCGUGCUUCUCUUCAUGUCUGCAAAGUGUGUACUGUACUCUUUUACAAGCUUCAAAACUGACUACACAUUUAUCUCUAUAAAUAUCUAUAUAUCUAUAUCUAUAUAUAUCUAUAUAUAAUGUUUUUUUGUUUUUUUUUAUUAUUAUUAUUAUUUCCAAUCUGUGUAGCUCAUCGUUUAAUUUAUACACCGUAUUGCCAUAAAUACGAAGACGAAAGUGCUGAAAAUGUAUUAAAACAUUCGGGGCUUCUAAACUGUGUGGCCUAAUUGCCUAAUUAAUCAAUUCAUUGGGUAACACUUUAUAAAAAACAGGCCACCUAUAAACAACUUAAUCAUUUUCUAAUAGUUAUUAAUGACUGUUAAUAAUUAUGAAAUUGUUUUGUUUUCAUCAAUAAAUGAUAUAAUUUGAACUACAA